AUGAACAGGUCUAUUACUCAACCUAUAGAUACAUUGAUAGGUAUAUGUUGGUCAAGGAUAAUUGAGACGAGUACAUCAAAAGAUUUUAUAUAUAUCUCGCAAGCAUUUGGUCUUAUAAGCCAAUUGCAAGAUUUGGUCUGCUGCAAGGAACUACUUACCACAAAUGAAAAACAGCUACUACAUAAGAUGUCGUCAGAUAAACCUCUGCUAAAACUAUUCAAACACGAGUUGGUGUCAUUUAUAUUACGGUUGGUUAAAUUUAGCGAUAUGGAAAAAUUUCUUAUGGAGAGAGGAAACAUCAGCUUAUAUGAUAUAAAUAAAGCAGUAAGCCGAAAUAGUAAACCUUUCAGAAAGCCAUUGUCACCAUAUAAUAUGAAACUCAAUAAUUCGAAGUCGCCAGCAAGACCCAUAUCAACAUCAACACCAAUGACGUACAACCUAAAACCUGAACCAAAGCAAAUAAUAUCACCUCCACAAUCACCUGUAAUGAUGAGAUCCAGGCCGUACGACAGAAAGGAAAUCAAUGGCCUCAGAUCCAGUGUUUUGAUGAAAGAGCAACAGAUAAAUGAUAGGGAGAAUCAAUAUUCUUCGGUUGCUGACGAGAACAACCAACUCUCAUCGACUAAUAGAAUGCAGCAAAGAAAAAUUCAAACCCUAGAAAUUGAUAUAAAUAACUUAAAGAAAUACGUUGAAACAUUGGAAUAUCAGUUAGAAAGACAAAGUGUGGACAAACCUAACACAUUUAUAGAUAGAAAUAUAAUGAAAGAGCUUGUUGAUAAAAAUACCGAAAACGAAAAAAUUAUUCAGCAUUUACAAAGUUUGUGUGAGAGACAUCAAAAGGAUUUGACGAAAUGCAAGACUAAUGACCAUAAAUAUGAACCGAUUAUUCAAAAGCUAGUUCUCGAGAUGAAUAAACAAGAUGAAUUAGUAGAGAAGUUGAAGUUAAAAUUAAAAUUAAAUGACAGCCCAUCUGAUAACUUGGAGUUCCAGAGCUUUUUAAAAAAAUUGCCGUUUAUCAAACAGUAUUAUCUAUAUUAUAAGUAUCAACAAGACCAAAAGAACUUUGGAACAUUAUUCAUCAAUAUGGCUACAUUAUGCUUGACGUCAGUCAUUUUACUUAAUAUCGUAAAGUUUGUCUUCUACAUUAUGAUUUAUUUGUUCGACAUGCAAAGAACAACAAGCGCAAAUAACUUACAAGAGUACAUAUAUGAUGAUUAUGGACUGAAUAAUUGGUUCAGUUCAAAUGAAGCGACGUUUGUAUGGUGGCAAGAGAUAGAAUGGCUUGAAUAUGCAGUUUAUAGUAUAAGCGAUUGGAUAGGUAGUUAG